GCCGUGCAGGCCGCUACAUCUCCCCUGCGCUCGUGUACGCCUGGUACCGCGGCUGUUUGCAGCGGGGCUGCUGCGGGGCGCUGCGGCUGCUCCUCCCGCGGCCGCCCUUGCUCUCCCGCCCGGCGCCGCGACUGGCGGCACCCCCAAGCCGGGGCUGCGGGCGCGGAUCCCGCCGGGCAACUUUUGUCCCCCCGCGUGAGGCCGCCGGCCAUGUUGUGGCGGCGCUGCUGGGAUACGCGUCGGAGGGGCAGCGGCAGCCCGGGGAGUGGGCGGGGGCGGGGCAGCGGCGGGAGCGCGGGCGGCCGCCGUGUUCUCGCGUCUCCGGGCUGCAGCUUCCCGCAGCCGUUUCGGCGGAGCUUUCUGGAGGUGUUGCAGAGAGCUGCCCCGCGUCUCUUGGGGUGAAGCGUAGGCCCUGGCACCUGCGCCCCCCCGCGGAUCUAGGCGCUGCGUGGGGAGGCGCGGCGGGCGGCGGCGCCAUGGACGCGGUCGUGAGGGAGCGGCUCUUCGCGGCAGAGCGCGGCGGAGAUGUUCAGGCUUUGAAGAAUGCUUAUGAGUUGAUCAAAUCAGCCAGUGAAGGAAAAUCUGCACUUGAUUCAUCAGAUAUCUUCAGCACUGACUUACACGUUUCAUGUGCUGAACAAGCACUUCAGCUGGGAUAUCGAGAAAUGAGCAGUGACUGUCUACAGAUGUAUUUUAAAGGAAGAUUUCCUAUAAACCAGUUUCUUGGCAGAGCGUACUUGUGCCAAGGGCAGCUGCACACUCCACUCUCUACAGAUAAUUUGGAGGAGUUUGAAAAGUUUGUGAUGUUUUUUAUGAAGGCUAUAGAUUUUGCUAUCCGUGAUCAAAGAUAUUAUUUUUUGAUUUAUAAUGCCUCAGUUCUUUAUUGGGAACUUGUGAGGCCAUAUCUUAAGCCUGGAUUUCGCCAUUUUCUUAUUCCCAGCCUUUCUCAGAUUGUUAAAGCGUUAAACCAAACUGAAGAGCAAGAUUGUGAAUGGAGAGCAGAACUCAUGAUGAAUUUACUUGAGUGCUUCCUUGAUGCUUCAAAACUGGAAGAAGCAAAAAAGUUUUCAUCUACUGCAGCAAUCUUUAUUAAGGAAAACGUUCCAGAUAAAUACUCUGAAAUAUUUUCUUUAAUGGUAUAUCACAAACUAAUGGAUAUUUCCCAGUUAGAGAAAGAAAUACAAAACUCCAUCCAUUUUUCACUUAUUUAUAAAAUGCAGAUGCUAAAACUGCAGUGGGACACAAAUGAGCUUCCCAGUGAUGCCAUCGCAAAUCUGAAUUCUUUAUAUGUACUUUUGAAAAAAUACGAUGUACCUCCAGCAUCUGUUCUCAGUGUGAAGAUUCCUUUUAUUCUGGAAUUAGCUCGUUUUUCUAUGAAAGUAAACUGCAUUGAAGUUGCAUAUCAAUGUAUACUUGAUCUGAAGAGAGCUGGGAUUACUGAGCAAGGAAAACUGAUUGAAAUAGAAUGCCUGGAAUGUGAAUAUGAAAUAAAAAAAAUGGGCCCUAAAACUGUGACUUAUAUCAAAGGAGUCAUUGAGGCUCAGCUAGAAUUGAUAAAAAAUCUUGAGUUAACCUUAAAACAUGCAGUUCAAUUGGGAGAUCCUAAUGUGAUUCAGGUUGUUUGUACAACCCAGUGGAAUCUGUGCUUACCACUACUACAACACAAUUUGCAUCAAUAUGUACGAAACCCAUUGAUAUCAAUUGCUGAUAUCCUUGAAGAGAUUGACAGCAUGUUGGUUUUGUUGCGUUGCCAAGUUCAUAUGGAAAUAGCUCGUAUUGAAGAAGAUGAGGAUAGAAUAGAGGCUGCUAUGGAACAUUUGCAAAAAGCUGUACAUCUAGACAACAGUGGGCAGUAUCAAGAACAUCUAAGAUUUACUUUUAACCGUCUUCGUUUGUGCACUAUGCUGUAUAAGUCACCUGAGCGUCUAGAAGAUCAGGCCAUAAUAAUGAUUGAACAGGCUAAAAGGGGAAAGCAGAAGGAUGAUGUGAGGAAAAAGAGAUCCCUUCUGGUAAACGCAGGUCUUGCAAUAGCUCCUGAUUCAUUUCAAAUAGUCCUUGACAGUGAAAAUGAAGCUAAAGUUUCCUCAGGUAAAAGUAGGAGCCAAAUAAGCUACCUCUGUGGAAAAGCACAACAUCAUAUUAAAAGCAUAGAGAAAGCUGAGGAACAUGUUAAACACUUAAGAAAUGAAAAUGACAGGGAGAGAAUUAUACUUUGGGCAGAUUUGGCAAAAGUUGCACGUAAACAAGAAGUAUGGGAUGUCUGCCGUGCAGCAUGCAGAUUUUGUCUCUUGUAUGAUGAUACUUUGUUUAGGAAGGUAACAAAACCGAAGAAAACACAGAAGAAGAAAGCUAGUACAACUAUAAUGGAUGACGAUCAAUGUGACAGGUUACCAGGAGAAUCAUUACUGCCUGCUAAAUCUUUCUCUUUUGAAAGAGAUUUACUCAGAAUAUUAGCAGAAAUAAGAUUCAUUAAUGCAGAGGCAACUGUUAAUUUAUUAAGAUUUCAGGGAGUUCAACUGAAUGAUCAUGCCGUACUUCCAGAAGAUACAAGUCAGUAUCAUCCAGGAUAUGUUUCAUAUCUUCCCGAGAGUGAUCCAGAAUGGAAAACGUACAGUUUAUGGAUAGACUACUUAUCUCAGUAUGCUAUGGAAAAUUUCCAACGUGCAGCUGAAAUAGGAGAAGAAUUGAAUGAAGCCUGGAUUGUUCACAAUGCUGUGGUGUACAUCUUAAACUACAAUAGACAUCUUAUCUCUUCAGGAAGACAGAGGGAAAUUACUGAGUACCUGCACACUCUUCUUGGAGCUGUCAAGGCUGUUGGGCACAAUGGAAGUGCUGAGAUUUUAUUGAUGUUAUGUAAUGCUUUGGCUCGGGGCUUAAUUCUUUGUUGGAUUCCAAAGCCAAAUCUUGCUGAGAAGAAAAAAAAUGUUGCAGCAACAGACAGAAGCAGAAAAGCUGCAACAGAGAAACAUGAAAAAGCAAAUGUCAUCCCGUCUUUUUCAGUAGAUCCCAGGGGACUUCCUGAUAUCAAAGCUGCGUUAGAGAUUUGUGACUUUGCUCUGAAUGUGACAACUGGAACCAUACCUAAUGAAACAGUUCCUAUUGCUGCGCAACAACAGAUCAUUGCUACAUGGGUGAAAGCAAAACAGUUAAAUCAGCAGCAGAUUGAACAUAAACUUGGGACUGAGGAGGAGAAUAAUGAUGAAGCACAAAAUGCUAUGACAAGAAUUCUUAUUGGUCUAGAAAUGUAUUCAUGUAAUGGCUUGGGUCUCAUGGAUUUCACUGUUCCUAGCUUAUCUCAGUUAGUGAAGUUGGCGUUAGAGUGCAGGUGGUCAGAUUCCUUAGUGGAAUUGCAGACGCUGACACGACUUACAUAUUUUGCAUAUGUAUCACAUGACUAUGAAAUAGUGAUGACUUGUUCCAGAAGGAUCUUGCAAUCAGAUGAGAAUAGUUUCCACAAUAGAGAUACUAAGAAAUAUGAAAUGCCUGGUAACAGAUUGAGACAAGAAAUGUUGAGCACUACUGCUUGUAUACAAGGAAAGAGUAUAAUGGAAAAUUUUUCUGGAAGAAAACAUUUGCGUGUUACAGCAUCAAAAGCUUUUGUUCAGAGUGCCAGGUACGCAGGAGAAGCUGGAAAUUAUUCCCUUGUAAUGUUUGCAGCUAGACACUUUUGGAAUACAUGUUUACCUUUGCUAGGUUCUCGACAUGACAGAGAGCAGUUUAAAGAACCUACUGAAAUAAUUCUUCAGAACAUAAUUAAAGCAGAAUCUGAAAUCAAACAGGAGAAGAAAGAUGUGUUGCCUUUGCAUCAGUGGAUUACAAAGGAUUUUCAAAAUAUUGGGUUACCAGCUGAAUGCUUUCACCCAGGUGCUGAGGAAGAUCUGACCUUACGAACCUCCUUAUAUGGGUUAUUAUUCCAUAUACAUGCUGAUAAAUCUGAUUGGGAGACAGCACUAAAAGUCCUAGAUGAAGCUAUUCAAGUUUUGCCUCAGACAAGACACAGUCUCUUUAUUUUUAAACAUAUGGCUACAGCGAAGGCAAGAUUGGGAUUCAGUUUUAUGAUGGACAUUCAGAAAUUCAGAGAUGAAAGUGAAGAUUAUUUGUCACAUAUGUGGCGUCAUUUGGCAACAAUGUCCAGAAGUAUUGUUGGACAGUUAAGCUGUUUUCAAAAUGCAGUCAUUGCUUUACAGAAACAAGAAAACGAAUGGCAGAAGAUUGAUUAUUUGGUGGAAUUUGCUGAAUGGUUAUAUUGUAACCAGUUUCCCCUCAGUGAUGUUAUUAGAUCUCUGGAUUGGGUGGUAGAUCUCCUGCUGCAUAUGAAAUUUCCUAUGCAAUCCUCACAAGAAAAAGAAAAAAAUACUAUACCAAAAUUUUUGCCUACAGAAAAUUUGAAGACAGACAUUGGAGCAAAUGGUACCAUGCCCCAGAUUACUUUGGAAGAUUUGAGUAAUAUUAAACAAUUGGAAGCUUUGUUUAGAACACAGACAUUAAUGGCUUUAAUUUCUGGUUAUAGUUCUCCUUUUCAUCAGCAGCACUGUUUGAUGGCAUAUGCUUGUAUCAUCCGUAUCUGGCAGGUAUCAUUGUCAGCAUCAGGCCCUAUUGCAAAAGUAUUAUCAGAGUCUUCACAACUUACAGCUCCUCAGAAGGUACUAAUUGCUCCUAAAAAAGAGAAGGACAAAAAGACAGACAAACAAGUUGAAGUUUCUGUUGUGAAAGAGAAGUCUAAAGGGAAAGGGUCAGUUGAUACCUUACCAACAAAUGUAGAAGAAUGGGCUCAUUAUGACUGUCCCAAUGAAAUCAGAGCUGCUUUUAAACAUAAGACAAAUAGUUAUGGUAUUAACUGGGAUAAUUUCCCAAAACCUACUUGCACUUUGUAUUUUAUGGAUGUUUUAUCUAAAGAACUGCAGAAAAUUUUUUGCCCCCACUUGAUUCUUCCCAUCUUUCAACUAGCUGAAGUUAUCGCUAAUGAAGUUGUGGAAUGCAGAAGUCUGUCUGAUCUCUAUCACCUUCGAAUUGCCCUGAUAUGUUCAGACCUAAAACUGAGUCAGGCAUCUUCAUAUCAUGAGAAGGCUGCUGGAGAAGCAUACAUUAGUGACUUAGAACAAGCAAUGUGUAGGCGAGAUAUAGCACUGAAAAAAGAAAGAAAAGUACAUCCUAAGACAGAGGGAAGGAAAACUUUUUUUGAAAAUGGUCAGCUGAAUGGUGGUAGGGAUGAGAAUAUCCUUACUUCAAAUGAAAAGUUUUUUGAGGUAAAUCCGGUAGCAGGAAAAGGACUGAGUACACUUUCUUUCCCUUACUUGUGGAUAGAAAAAGCUGAAGUACUAAUUCAACUAGGCUUGUAUCAACCAGCAAGACUUCUGCUUUCAGAGGCCUAUGCUGCAACUCAGGAAUUGAGGGCCUUGCGUGAUGUGUCAAGGUGCUUGUAUUUAUUUGCUGUAUUGGCUAACCUGGAAAGAAACCACAGACAAGCUAAAGCACUCCUUGAGAAAGCACAGCUUCUAGGAGGAAAUGAACAGUUUUGGUACAACAGUACUCUUAGUCUAAUAGAAGCAAUUCUAGAGGAAGAGGGAGAAGGAAAACAGAGCAUGGCUUGUGAGAUACUGGAACACAUUGUAAAUGUGCUCAGAUCUGCUUUACUGAAGAGACCUAACAGGCAAUCAGAGUUGGGUUUCAUAAUUACAUCCCUUGAAGCCAGGAAAACACUUAUUCAGAUACAUUUCACCCGAGAUUGUAUGACAGUUAAUACUGAGUCUUGUCAGUUGCCACAUAUGCUAGAGGAAUCUUACAAUAAAUUAGUUCAAAUUGAGAAGGACUUCUUUCAUUAUGGACAUAAAAACUGCAGCGCUGAGAUACUGCUAGAAUGUGCACAUAUUCACAGAAUGAUUGCCAAGCAGGAAAGAAACGAAGAAUUAAAACGUAGUCACUAUCUAAAUGCUUAUAACUUAGCUCAGAGGGCAGUAUCCAAAACAGAGGAAGUAUUUCAUAAUGUUUGUAGCUUAUUUGCAGUUAAUGAGACUACAAAUAUUAGUCUCCCAUUAAUGAGGCAACUAGCUAACAGGAAAAUAGAUCUUGUAGAAAUUCUUUUGGAUAUUUUUCAUCUUGUUAUUACUAUAAAAGAUCUUCAAAAAGUGGGAGAAUCAUCAUCCCAUAAAAUUCUGGAGGCAUUCAUCAAGGAAACUGCUGAAGAUGAUGCAGCAAAACAGGACUGGAAGUGUGUGGAACGCACUGUGGGUCAUAUGAUGCUGGCUCAGUUAGCAAACAUACAGAAUCUUUGUAAAGGCUGUCCUGACAUCAAAUCCAAAUGCCUGUAUCUCACUGGAAAAACUCUUCGUUUACUUGCCAUUAACAUAGAUCCUGUAUGUUCAGAGAUUUACUGGAAUCCAAAUGUUAUGGAAGAAGCUAGAUCAAAUGUCACAAAAACUGUCCUGACUUCAGCAGAUCGCAGCAAACAGGAAGUGACAAACAGCACUUUACCAACCAGUAAAUGUCAAUAUGAUAAGUAUAGGAGGAAAAUACAAGAUUUAAAGAAGGAACAGCGGUUGGCUCAGAAAUACCUUUCUCAAUCCAGUGAAGCUUUGCUACAGUGUAUGGGUAUUGCGUUCAGUCGUAACAUUACUGAUGUGCUGGCUCGUGCUAGUUUUGAAAUGGUUGAAUGCUUUCAACAAUUUGAUCCAGUUUCAACUAGCCAGUUUUUGGCACUUCAUCAGAGCUGUUCAGCAUCUAUGAUGAUGAAGAGUAUCCUUCUAACAGUUACGUCUGACACCAGCAGCUCUCAGCUGGCAGCAUUACUGCAUCUUCAGAAUCAUUUAAAACAAAAUAGGAACACAAGUGAUCUUCUAAAACAGGUGGAACAGCAACUGACUGCUACUUCAAUGGCAUGGAAAAAUCUCUGUAUUCCUGUUGAACAUUUUAAUAUAAUGGAUGAAUUGCCAUCUAAUUUCUACAUAAUUAUUCUCCAGCAUUCAGAAGACAGAUCAAAUUUGUACAGUUCACUUCUGACAUCUCAAUCAGUAAGUACUGCACAGCAAAAAGGAGAACCCACUCAGCCACUGGUGCAAGCUAAAGUUUCCCAGUUUCCUGUGAAUCCUGAAACAUUUUGUACUUUGUUGGAAAAAGUGCGUCUUUACAAGCAGCAAAAGAUGAGGAGUCGUGGUAAACAGGCUGUCAUUCAAAACGUGCAAGAGUGUGUCUCCGAAACAGAUGUGAUGCCAACAGAGAAAACAGAUGAUAAUGGACAUGAUUUGACAUCAGAUUUCUCUGAAAUACUAGAAAUUAUGGAAGAAUAUCUGAAACCAGUGCUGUCACAAUUUGAUUUUUCUGAUAUCAGACAACAGCGCGCAUCAGUUUCAGCAGCUGAAUUGGGAGAAAUAAAAGUGAAAGAUAAGAAUACCAAACAUACUAGAAUGUGGGGUACACCUACGGACUUAGGAUUGUGUGUGGUAAUACUAGGAGAUAAGUUAUUGAUGGAAUUGCCUUUGGAAGCUCUGAGUAUCUUUAAAGCGGAAGGAAUAAGUUCUGUGUCCAGAGAUUUUUCACUCCAGAUUCUCUACAAUCGAGAACAUCUGGCUGCCUCAGAGGCUGAAGUUAAAACAGAUGUUGAAGUAUCUAAAGAAACAAAACCAAAAGCUUAUUGGAAAAAGAAUCUCAAAAUGGCACCAGUUGAUCGUGAUUUACCCUCUAAUUGCUUGGCUGUUGAUACUCAUAAUUUUAAAUAUAUUGUGGACCCCUACAAUGAAGGAAGAGGGGCAGAAGCUUUGAGUCCUUCCCAGAAAAUAAAGGAAAUCCUAGAAAAAUACCAUGACUUAUUUACAAUACAGUGGGAAGGAAUUACAGGCAAUGUACAUGUUCCAAGCCAAGCUGAGUGGGAGCAGCUGCUGACAAACUGCAGUGCAUUUCUGUUCUACGGGAUGGAGAGAUUCGUGUCUCAUAUUUUACUCGACAGACUGGUUGCUAUGAACAUUCCAAAAUGCCAUUUGAUGAUAAUUCUAGAUCUGGUGAGAUCAAAGGAAAGUUAUCAAAGAAUUACAAAGUCUGGUAUCCACAAAAGCCUGACAGGUGAUGGCAGAAGAAGGUGAGAACUGGCAAGAUGAAACUGAAAGUGAGAUCAGCACUGAGUUCUGGUAGUACAUUCUUUCCUAUAACCAAAUGUUGGUGACCUCUCACUUUUCCUGAUGGGUCUCAUGCUUGACAUUUACCAUUUGGAAUUGUUAGGUGAAACUAGAUGUCCACAAAGAUGAACAGCUUUUGCAGAAAUCUCCAGCAGGGCUGCACUAAUUAGGAAUUGGUGUUUAUUUUCUGAACGUACAUGUGCAAAUAUUUUCUAUAAUUCCUGUAUUUCCCUCUAGCCUUUUCGAUGACUUAAUUUUUUUAAAGGCAGUAAAGUUACUGUCACAAGACAAGUUUCUUCCCAGAAUGGAUGGUUCAGACUUCUGUUCUUUAUGGGCCUACUGUACCCAUAUUCAACAAUUCAAUGAUUCGAGAGGUGAUGUAACAACUUUUCCAUGCUACUGGUGCACUGAAAUAAACUAAAGAUAAGGACACUGAAGUUAACUAAAACAGGUCCAUCAAUGUCUAAAAUUCUUUUUAAUUUUGGGUGUUUUUUUUUCUUAUUUGCACAAGUAUGUCAAUAGUAGCUACACUGCAGUGAGAGCUGCAGCAAAAAAACCCACCCCAAACUGGGUUUUUACAAAGUGCAACUAAUAAUUUUCCUGGACAGUCAUAAGCUGUACUGACUUACUUAUGAAAAUAUUUCAUACUAUGGGUGUUCUACUCUCUGACUGGGUACCGGGUACUAGAUCUUACUAAUCAUAUCACAGUGACAGUGUCCACAAUGCUUUUCUCUGUCUUCUUCUUCUGGUUAAUGCCAACAUUUUAAGAGAUGGAUCCCUGCUCACAGUUUGUCUUGAUUAGCACAAUGAAGGCAUGAUCACCGUCAGUAAGGGGAAAUGGUUUCAUACUGUAGGCCAGAAGUGUUCGUUUGGAGAACUGCUAUGGAUGGCAUGGAGAACAAGCUCGGAAGUAUAAAGUGAACUUGGUGAGAGAACAGUGACAAUGGCAGCUGUAAUCUGCAAUAUCCUGGAAGAGGAGUGUGCAGGGAAAAAGUUUGUGAUGAAAACAUUUAGUCUGUUCAGAGGAGACAUCUUGACUGUUCUACUAUUCUACUAUUAAUGAGCUUGUCUACUGAAGUUCUCAGCAUUCUUGGAGCAGCCAGAACAGUCUGUUCUUCUACUGAUGUGACAGGUACUUAUUAAUGACCUGUCAAUACACUGUCAGAGAAUUAACUAAGAGUUUCUAUUGGAAGAAGAGAAUGGGUUUCCAAAAAUACGUGCAGUUCAGUCAUGUCUUCAGAACUUAUCUGGACUUGUAACUCUUGAACUAGCUUACAGAAUAUAUGAUAAGAAUGAUGUAUGCUGCAGCUGAGGUGUGUAGAUGGCUAUCUGUCAUCAUCUGGUCAAUCCUGAUAGUGAGGUAGCAGCUAAAUUGGAGAUAGCAAUAAGCAUGAUACUGGCAUAGUAUUUAAUAGAGGAAAAACUAUUCCACUACAUGGUCACUGAUCAGGACCCCAAUGUCCCUUAGAAGUCAUAAGAAAUAUCUAAACAUACUGUCUUCAUUAUUGACUAAUAAUUCAUAAAAGGCUAAAAGAAAAUAUCUUGGCUCUUGUAGGAGCUCUCACCUACCAAAUCAGUGAUACUCACAUUUAGGAAAUGUGAUGACUCAGUUCAGAAAGGAUUUGGCGAGAACAGUUCCAUCUUUUCCAUGCAGUUAUCCCUGUCCAGCACAGUAAUGCUUCCCAAAUUCCCAGCACUGGACAGCUUUCAUCACUACCGGAGGUAGAGUGCCAUGAAAUGAUUUUUCAAGAAAGCAAGUAGAUUCCUGCAUUAGUGCAUCGGUCACAAUGUGUAAGAAAUGUAAACUGGUACUCUCAUUGUCAUGUAUAGCAACCACUACUUUUAUGUCUUGCAAAAGUAAAUGGAAGUGUUUUCUCUUGUCAUUUUGCUUUAGCUAAGUAAUUUUGAGUCUUGCUAUUGUAUUGUAUGACACAUUUUUGUCUGAUGUCUGUCCUCUAGCUAUUCCUGCUGGUGAGCUUCUCCCUGGAACCCAGAAAUGUCAGAUCAAGGCUCAGUUUCUAUUUCUCAGUCUACGCAGUGUGUAAUCUCCCCUGUUGCCAACACCUGAACAUAUAAGCCUUGGAUGUUCACGACCCUACUGCAGUUGCAGGUACUCAGACUUCUUAUCCUACUCACUAGCUAAUGGAAUGGAAAGUUUUAAGAGAAAACUUAAAACUUUCAUAUGAAUGAAGUUCUUACUUGCUUACUAGUAAAUGGAAUUUUACUCAUGUUCACACAUGCCCACUCAGAACAGAGAGCACACCCACACAGAAUACAGUUAGAAGUAGAUUAAUGAGAAGAUAGAAUAGAUUGUGGGGAUCAAGUGCCAGUCUCAGACAACAUACUGACUAGCAGCCUGUUUACAUGCAACUGACCCCCUCUAGCCCCUUUCCUCUCUAUUUCCCUGCACCUGAUAAAUCUAGAGCCCUUCUUUUGCCCAGCUUUGGUUGUUCCUCUAAGCAUCCCAUGAGUCUUAUCAAUUCCCAUAAACACCUUAAAACAUCUCGUACUAGAUUUUAGAACUCUCCAACUGCUUUUCCCUUGCAUUCAAUAUUCUGCUGUAGGCAAUGACCCCCUUCAGUCUCCAAGGCAUACAGGAAGGGAGUUUCUCUCCUUGACCCAUCUUGAUGAGUUUCAUCCCAGGGCAACCGGCUGACAGUCCUCCUUUGAUAGCCCCAAGUGUAACAACCUGCUUGACUCCUCACACUGAUCAGGUUACUAGAGUUCCUUUUCUGUUAUUGUUCAUCAGAUCCUCACUGGGCCUUUUUGUUUAUAAUGAUGAGCCUGUAAACUUACACUCUAAACAUCACAGGUGCAUUCUUUCUCCACUCAGCUGCUCCAGACGAGCUCAGAUGGAUAAAGAUUUGCUGCGGUAGGUAGAGUGGGCACAGACUUCUUCAGCUGAGGAAGACCAUACCAUGGAGAUACACUGUCAGUAUUUUGCCUGUUGUGUGUCUGUUCUAGCAAAAUGUGAACAACUUAACCAUGUUCUUAAUUUUUAUCAUAUAUGGAACAGAGACCGGUUUUGGCUUUUAAGUUUUAAUGGCAUCACUUUAGUGGCCACAUGUAGUCUGUGUGGAUGAUGCUGAAUCUGCAGCAGGAAAGUCAGAAAUUAACCAUGAAAGAACCUAUGUAAAUAUCUGUGGAGAUUUGGAGUAAGAGGUAUCUAUAAUACACUUUAUAGCUUUUUAAAAAACAGAUAAUGACUGAGUGAAGACCAGAAAGUUCCAGGGGAGUAGGACAGCAUUCCUGGACCAAGGAUAUAAAUCUUGUUAACGAGAAACUGGCAAGAUAAAGAGGUGCUCUGGUGUCCUCAGAUGACAUAUGACCAUAAAUGGAUAAAAAGAGUAGUGGUACUACUCCCCAGACCACCACUGAAGACUCUCUGAGACCCCCAUGCAAGCGUAAAAAACUUCUGCUGGCUCAGCAGUUCCCACUCAGGCACAGAAAACUCGGUUAGCUCAGCACAAUAAAUACAUAUUAGAUAGGUGGAAUUAUUGGAUUAGUUAGGUGGAGCUUUGUAACUUUUGUGUAUAAAGAUUUGAUGAAGGAUCCUAGUAGGUGUGCUUGAUUUGUGUAAAUACACUGAGCACCCUGUGCAGAAUAAAACAUCUCCACUCUAAACAUACUUUGAGUGUGUUUCGAGUGUUCUCUUGCAAACAGGCAACAUGGACACCAGAUGGUUGAGAGGUAUUUCACCUGUAAGGACUUGUACCUUCCUGUGUGUUCAGUGACAGGGCUGCACAUGCAACUAGGUGCACACAUUAUACAUGCAGAUAAAGGCAAGUCCACUGUCUUGCCGUCUUCCAAAACAGCAUGGAAGCCAACACUGAGGCAUUUGUAUCUCUAUGAAGUAUUUAUACACUGAUGGCUUUCUUGACACAAAAGAAUAUGUUAUAUUUUCAGGUCCAGGCAGAGACAGAACUUAAGCAGUGCUAUUCCCAUAAGUGACAGAGAUCUUAAUUUUGCUCUUUUGGUAUAGUCACAAUGGAGCAGUGUCAAUGUUUGUACCAGAUACUGGCUUCUGUGCUGUUUUUAUAGGUAUUUUUCUUUCUCCUCCAACAGAGUCCAUUAGUAUUUGUCCUGAAUGACAUUGACUUUUAUUCCAUCUGAAAAUACCUAUUUAGCAUUUUUUGGUUAUUAGUAUUGCAGGUACGGACAUUGGAAACCUAAAUGGUAUGUAUAUUGAAAUAAAUUUGCACUGGAGUUCUACAAGCCUUUCUGCUUCUUCAUCAGUGUGAUUCAAGGGACAUGGCCUACAGCUGUACUCAAUCAAACAGGGCUAUGUUCGCCAAUAUAAUCUAAUUGUUUGACAUUUUUAUAGCAAUUCAUUGAGACUAAAGAGAGAUGACUACAUUAAUAUCUGGAUGCAGCUAGAUAAUAGCUGAGCUAAAACUGAUGUGCCAAAUUACUGAAAGGCUCUUAAAUUCUCUUACAGAUUUUAACUCUUUGUGACAAAGGAAAAAGGCUUCAUUAUAAAUGUAAUAAAGAGAAAGAAUAGUACAAUUUAUAAUACAAAGUAUUUUAAUAAAGAACGCUAUCAUAAAUUUUCUAAGAAUCUUCUCUUCACUAAUCAUUUACAAAUUAUAUUUCUCAAUAAUUGAGAUGGGAAUUAUUGUUAAUGUUCAUGACUGUUUUCUUGGAUAAUCAUUUUCACUGAGGUCAAAAUUAAACAGAAAAGGUUUUAGCUGAUGGAUAUGUAUUUUAUUCCUCCAGCUAGCCUGUGAACAAACUUGUCUGCCCUGCAUACAUCUGCAGGAACAGUCAGGUUGGAAUAGUGGUAGAGGAGUAUGAUGGAGACUGAAAGCAUAUGUAAAUGCUGGACCUGCUUAGGCUGAGACAAAUCAUCUCAUCUCACUGAAGGAUCCCAUCAAAACCCUCCCUCCUUUAUAAGUGUAUUUGUUAUGAGAAAAGGUCUCCUCUGAGUGGUGUCACAGAUUUGCAGGUAAGAGCAAGCUGAAGGAGACCAUCAGGAGUGGUUUAUUUUGGGGGUUUUGGUCUGAGCCUGGAGAAGAAGUGAAUGGAAGAGAAAGCAGGAAAGAAAAAGUGGGAAUUAAUAUUGCAGCUAAAGCCAGAAACAUGCAGAAAUGUGUUUAUCAAACUUGGUUUGAUUGCUAAUUGCCUUUUUGCUUUCAGAGCCCUUGUCAAUAGAGACUCAGUGUAGGCAAGGACAAGGUCUCAUUAUUCAAAAGUGGAAACUCUUGACAUGUGAUCAAGUGCAUUUUUACCAAAAAACAAGGUAAAAAUAUCUGCAAAAGGAGCAACCUGAUUAUCAUAAGAUGCAAAUGGAUGAAUUAGGGGUUAAUUUCCAUCUCCCCUACUUCAGAGCUAUGCUGGAAUAAUGAUGCUUAUGAUGAACUUUUGGUAGAGCUGGUCCUUAAUAAGAAUCUGCCCUUCUCCAUGCCCUUUCACUUUCAGCGGGUAGUAUCUCCUGUAUCAGGGCUCUGCAGUUACAUGUCAUUUUAGGAGAACCAAAAUCUGCAUAUUAAGAUAUAUGUAUCUUCAGAAAGCAGUAGUGACUCAAUAGAGAAGCUGUGGUUUGUUGCCAGAGCAAAAACAUGAAAACUUUUUAAAGUGCACCAGCACAUCAUUCAGUGGUCAAGCCCUUGCCUUCUUCCCUGCUGGCGGGUGGGGAGGUGAGUUUAUCUUGUGGCUUUUUAAAAUGUACCCUUCCUGUAGAUUUGAGGCUAUGGAAAAUAGCCUGGAUCAUUUACUUUUAAACCUCAGCAUUUUAUCUCUUACUGAAAUACUUGAUUUUGAAAGCUGAACACCUGCCUGCUGAUGGGAAGUAGUGAAUUCCUUAUUUUGCUUUGCUCGUGUAGGCAGCUUUUGCUUAACAUAUUAAACUGUUUUUAUCUCAACCCACAAGUUGUUUUCCUCACUUCUGGUUCUCUCCCCUGCGUCUGGGGGGAGUGAGCAAGCAGCUGUGUGGGGCUGAGCUGCUGCCUGGGGUUAAGCCACACCACCAUGCCAAAAUUCUGCCAGGAACUUGGUUUUGUUUCUCAAGAAUAUACAGCCUUGAGAACAGAAUUGUACUUUUUUUUUUUUUUUUUCCUUUUACAAGGAAGGGCUGGCACAACUAUAAAUGCAGAGCACCUGUGGUGGGCCACUGCAGAAGACAUUGUAACCGCGAGAUUGGGAUUUCAAGCAGAACCUAGGCAGAGUGUAACCACAGCCCUUGGCUGUAGAGGCCCCUUUGUUAGCACGGGUGACCUGCUCUAUAACCUGAGCACAUGCUGUGGUGUUAGUAUACACUGCCCUUAACAAUACCACCUGUAUGUGGUGCUUGUAAGAGCUCAUUUCUAUGGAGAUGUGGAAGAGUGUAACGCUCUCAGUGAAUCUAGGUGAGCCUGCUAGAAAGUUCAGCGUUGUACAGGUAUACUUGGAAGAGUACCAUAAAGGUGUGACGAACAGCAAGGUUGGAACACCUCAUCACGGAUGGGUUGUCAGCAGCCGUGAUCUGCAAGGAGGGUCUCAUUCCAUGCUGAAACAGCUGGGGUUCCCAGCUUCAGAAGGGUCCUAAGAUCACUAUUACCUUUUCCAUAAUUUCUGUUUUUCACUCAGUAAACCGUUUACCUCGCCUUGAUUGUCAGUGCCUUUCAGACCAAAGGAACCGGCGUGACCAUGACCAUAACACAACAGUAGCUCUUACGGCAACCAUAAUUUAUAUUUUUAAAAAAUGCUAUUUCCAUUAUAAGCAAGCAAAUUGAUGGAUUAUUGCUGAUGUUUUUAAGCAAAAACACAAAGUAAUUAUCCCCCAAUGUCAUGGAAGAUUUAUAGGAAGAGCAGUUAUUUUGUCUAGGUUGACAUCAUUAAAAUGUAAUAAACGAACACGAAGCAGAAGAAUGGUGUAGUGUUAGGUUGCUAAUUUUGCAAACUGUACAUAAUGCUAUAAAACAUUUUUUAGAAAAGAGAUGUGAUUUCUAGGCAUACUCUUGCUAGCAGAACAAAACUUCAAGGGCACAAGGCUGUUGGUCGACGAUCAAGUGUGAGCACAUUGACUUUGGCAGCAUUCACACCUUUUAGUCAUGAAAUCUUACGAUCUUUAACACCGUUCAUUGCAUAACCUACUUUUUGUAUACAGUAAAAUAUUCAUGCUAUGCUCUUACCACAUAAUGCAAGAGUUCUCUCUUAAGUCACUGUGUGUAACUCAAAUAAAAAGAGCCCACCUCCCACCCCUUUUUUUACUUGUAGUUCUGAAAGCUUUUGAAUUGUUUUACAUUGAAAGGCUUAACAACCAACUUCGGGGAACUCUAUAAGACUGUCUCAGGGCUAAUAUUGUUUGGUUGGACUACUACCAAUGCAUCAGGUUGUUCACAUGUUUUAAAAAGUGCCCUCUGAGUUAUCCUCCUCCUGAAAAGCACUACUGAAGAUGUUUUACAUGAAAACUCACGCUGAUUCUAUUAUUCCUUGUUUAUAUCAGAAAGGGGAACCUCUCAUAGAGACAGCUUCUCACUAGAGACAGGGAAUGUUAAUGCUGAAGAAUUGGUAAACAUUUAUAAAAAAAAUUUGUCCAUACAUGCAGAAGAUAAGAACCAAUGCCUUGUUCAAGAAGAUGGCUUUGCCCAUGGUUAUGAGAGUACUCAUGUUAAUAACCCCCAAAAAAUCUGGCCCUUAACAGAAAAUACUUGUGAGGACCUGAAAAAUGGACAAUCAGAAAUACUGCUGACACCCUGUGUUUUAUGUGAAUGAUUGAUUAAUUGUUGUUCAACAUAGGCUUUGCUUUAUUGAAAGAAAACAUUUGUGAUGCCUCUGUGGUCCUAUUAAGACUAAUUAAUUCCUUCUCCAAAUGAAAUGAAGACUAAUUAGACUGUAAUAUUGAUUUCCUAUUUGUCCAGAACCACUAAUUUUCAUAUCACCCUGUUGCAGCUUACAUUUUUAUGUCUGUGCUUGCUGCAUGUCAGAGUGUUUAUCUAAUAGAGUGGCAAAAUGAUACAAGACAACCAUAAAUGUAAUCCAUUAAAGUGUGCUGGAGGGGCUGGUGCUAAAGGAGUACAGUUCCGAUCUUGACAGUGGUAGUUGGGCCCUGGGCUACACGUGGAAUGAGACAGGAACUGUUUCUCCAUAAAGAAUCAAGAAAGAACUUCACAUUAGGAGCACAGGUUUAGAUGAUGAACCCUUGUGUGUCACUUAGAUCCUGCUCGGGUGUUUUUCAGUAUAUUUACUUAAAUUAUGAACUUCACUGUUGUAAAUAAACUACUGAUACCUUCAUGCUGUUCCUAAUAUACUAUGAAGAAAAGCUUGCUUACGCCUAUUUCUUUCAUAUGCUUUCUUUACCUCUUCAAUUUAUCCUGCUUCUCUGCUUCAUCCUUUUGACAAUGCAAAAAUGGUUCUCUCCAGAAAGCUGCUGGGUGCACUGCACUCAGCAUCACCUUGUGUCUUUGACACUCGUGCAAGUUGGUGGCAAGUCAUCUACCACAUUCUACCUCUAUGGCUCAGAUUACACCCCCUCUCUCAGGCUUUCACAUGUUUCAGCCUGAUAAAUUGCUUAUCAGGAAAUGCCUGUUAACAUCUAUAAACCUAGCUCUCCAGAUUAUGUUUCCCACUUGUUUUGUGGUACUAAUUACAUCCAUCCUAACAUCCCGCACUGCAUCUCAGACUGCUAAACAUUGUUUUCCUUACAAGUCCUUGACCAGUCACUAAGGGCAUGAGGCUUUCUCCGUAGCUCACCACCCUCUUAGUUAAAUCCACUUUUUCCUGCAUAACCUAAGCAAAUGCCUCCACUCCUGUGGGUUCCUCUACUGUCCUCACUAACAGCAUGCAAAUCUGUUGGUAGUAGAAAUAGCUUUUUAUUUCUAAUGUGUCUCUAUCCUUCCCAGUCCUGUGUUUUAUCCAGCCUUUGUUUCUGAAUGUGUCAUAAUUAUUUUCAAAAUUGUGUGUCCGAAACUGUAUGAUAACCUCUAAGAUUUGCACAGCUGCAGCUGCUGCUUUCUUUCUCCCACAAGCCUGUUAACAACAAUGAAAAAACUGUCUCCUCUGACCUGGGGAACCAUCUUUGUUUCACUUUGGCACAAAUAUUCUGGCCAUGGCUGAAAUUAUUAUUAUUGUUGUUAUUAUUGUUAUUAUUACUAUUAUUAUUAUAUCUAAUCUUGUUUUUUCCUCUGGCCACUACUACUGUGUUGCCUUAUCUUAUGUAACCAUGCAGUCUAUUAUAUUUUAGUCAUACUCCUUUGACAUCCACACUACCUAUUGCAGUGCAUGCAAGAGUCUCUAUAAUUCUGUCCUAACUGCUCCUCAUUUGUUGUUACCCCUGUCGCUGAGUGCAAGUGUAACCAUCUUUAACACAAUUUAAUUUGCUUUUUUAGAAUUAUCUGCCAUCAUCUUCAGUGCCAUUUUGGAUCCAUACAAUGCUUCUCUAAAUUUGAGUUGACUGUGAAGCCUGUGAACACUUUUUAUCUUCUGUAUGUCUAAAUACUACUGUCAGACCUGUUCUUAACGACCUGAAUAACAGCAGAACAGUUGAUUGCAAUCCAUAAGAAACUGGCUAAAAUUGCUUUCAUUUUGAAAACUGACACUUCGACAAAGACUUCUCUGUGAAAAGUAUACUGCCACUGCUUUAUGAGCCAUCCAGAGAACAGCAACAAUAUGAAGCUUCUAAUAAUGUAUAGGAAAACAGGAUUUUUUCCCAUGUUUUGAUAUUAUCUUCCAUACUUAGUAACCAAAAAGUACACAAAAGUGCUGCAGUUUCUAAAAAAAAUUUAAAUUUUUUUUUUCUAAAAGUCAAUCCCCAAAAGUUAUCUCAAAACUGUUUCCCAUGAAAAAAAACUUACAUAACAAUUGGUUUUGCACCAAAACCAAAAUCAUGUUUGAACUUUUGACUGUGAAGGUAUUGGGGUGGCUGUUGCAGGGGUGCUGCAGGUAGAUAGGCACUGUGGGCUCUUGCACCUGACUUGGGGAGAAAAUCGUGCCUUCUCUUUCUAGUACUUGCUUAUGACCAGGCAAAAGGAAACAGGGCUUAAUGUCAUGGCUUUUCAGUCUAUUCCUGUAUGUUCUUUCAUUCUGAGGAUUCCUGUUUUUUCCCUGUUGUGCUGCAGUUCUCCCUUUUCAUCAUAAAAGUGCCAAGGUUAUUUGACUGCCCUGUAGCUGACAGGUAAGCACUGCCACGACACUCCUUUAUGAAUACUCUCCCCCAUAAUUUUUGAGCGCAGUCAUUCGACACCUGAUGUCAGACUAUCCACCCCCCCAUGCACAAUGGUAGUGUGCCCCACGGCUAACCUCACACUGAUACUAGUGUAUUCAGUGGGUGUGUUUCCAUUGUUGUUAGUUGAAGAUGCUGUCUUUUACUAUCUUUACAAACUGGUGUCCUUAAUUAAUUUACAGGUGCAAACCAACUUUUCCUUGGUGAAACAGUCUAAAAAGCUCACCGCUUCAUCAUAAGUGACUUACAUUAAGGAUGAUAAUAGCCAGUUAUCAGAUGGUGAAUCUGAUAUUGACUUGCUAUUUUCUAAGGUUUUCCAUGCAUUUUUACAUUGUGUUUUUCUUUGCCAUUACUUAAGGUUUGAUGCUUUAUUUUGUACUACAGAGCUAUACUCUAUAUAUCCUCACCUUCUCAGGAGAUAAAGUAAUUGUUUCUUUUAAUUAAAGACUAACACUUCUGCCAAUUCUUCAUGAUUUAAUACAUCCAGCACCAUUAACAUGUGAUUAACCUAGGUCAACAUAUUCUUCAAAGAGAAAUUCUGAGUCUUCAAUGCAAGAAUUUUUGCCUUCAAAUCAUACCUUACUGUUUUAACAGACUGAUGAGCACAAAAAUAUGCAUACAAAUAAUAACUGAAUACCUUACCUUACCUUACUGCAUCACAGUAUUUCCAAAACAUUUUAAAGAGGCAUGUACAUCUAUUCACUUUUCUGUUCUAGAUCACAAAGGAUUAAUGGUAAAGGGUAUGGAUCAUGAAAGGAUGUGGCUAUCAGAAUGAAGUUCAUAAUCUGGGUUUAAGAUCAAGCACUGCAAAAGUUCAAGCCCAGUGAGGCCAGAAUUAUACUGUAAAAGACAAUCACCUCAUGAAAUUUUGUGAGAUUAAUACAAAGACCAUGGAUGUCUUACACAUUCUCACAUGUGCAGCUUAUUUGUAAAGUCCCCUCUUUGGAUCUUAACAUUUCAAAUUUAUACCAGGGCAUUUGAAUGUGAACAAUCCUUUUACCCAGAAAAAAUAAAAAUUAUAAAAUUCUGAUUAAUUUUGAGUCCAGGAUGAGUUAAGAAGAAAAUUGCAGUGUAUAAAAAUUUCUUAUUAAAUAUUAGGUUCUCGAAAUGUUACAAAUUACUUCUCUACAUCUUGCAACUAAAUUUCUCUAAGAAAGGGAAUUGUCAAAUAGCAACACAGCUUGACACCUCCAGGGUAUGGGAUGGUGGGGCCUGGAUGGCAUGGUCAUGGCUACCCCUUGUGGGAAAUGUUAAAAGGUACCCAACAACAUGACAUUCCUACAGCGCCCACUGGCUUGCACCAUCAAAGGGAGCAUGGUAGAGUUACCCAGACUGCCUAAAUAAAGGGAGCCCCUGGAUGCUCCCCAGGCAUUACUUGUUCAGCAGCACCUUUGUCCUGAUGCCUUGCCCUUUGCUGGAGACCACGUCCAUGCCUUGUGGUGGCAUGGCAGCAGCUAUCACUGGGCAAGGAAAACUCACAAUGACACAGAUAACGCUUCUGAAGCAAUGCUAUAGGUACCCAUCCUGUGCUCCCCAUAUCCUCAUUCUCUCUAGCAAGUGACUCCAGUAGCUCAGUUGGAUGACUUCAUGUCAGUCCUGCCCUCCAGCCUUGCAGUCAUCCUGCUUGGACUCCAACUGCAGGAGCUACCCUGCACUUCAUGUGUGCUUCACCCCUUUCAUGGUCAACUGUUGCUUCCUAACUUUUAUUCUGCAAAGGACAUGUAGAAAAGGUCCGAAGAGCUAUGUCAUGCUUUUAUAAGAUGCAAACCAAAGACCAUGACUGGGGCCCUUUGCACUCAUCGCUCUCUUAUGAGAGCAAUGGGGAGUUGGGUAAAGGGGAAAAAGAGCAGGGCCAAAGAAACGACCACUUGGAGUGUUAAAGGAAAGCUUUACAGAAAUGCGCUUGAUGAAGGGAUCACAUUUUACCUAUGCCCUUACAAAGGGUCUAUUAAAAGCAAGAUUGUAUUUGAUGAAAAAAAUACAUCAUCAGUAAUUACCUAAAGCAGGUACGCAUAGUUACCUGUUCUAACAUGUUUGUCUUGGAUGUCUGAUGAUACACUGUUGCCUCCCCCUGCCAAGCUCCACUUUGCUUUAGAGGCGAGGUUUGCAGAUGGCUGGACCCCCUCCCCAAACACAUCGCCAUGAGAAGGCUGGUGAUGGGAAGGAGGAAUGAAGAGCUCACGCUUUCUCCCACAUGUUACUGUCAUUGUUGCUUCAAUGUUUAGACUGCCUUCACAGACCUACAGCAAAACACGCCAGAAAGCCAGGGCUGUGCAGAAAUAGGGGGGCUGCACUACCUGUACAUCCAUCAGUGUGCAUGCUGCACAGGGACACAAGCAGGAACUGGCCAAGCAGUCCAUGUGGUCAUGCCAAGAGCAGGACCAUGCUGACCAUGCCUGUCCCUCCACCCAUGGCAGGGACCUGCCACUUUUGUCUUCUCUUGAGCAUAAGAAAUAUAAAGAAAUCAGCCUCUGCAAGAUACCAGGGUUUCAGGCUAUGUUUUGUCCUGGGUUUCUGCAUUACCUUUCCCCGAUCCACCAAUAUCCCCACCUACUGCAGGAAUGGUUUUUGACUUCCAGCUCAGCAAGGUACUGCCCUGGGAUGAGGUUUGAUCCCAGAUAUCCUGUCAUCACUUUUCAGGGCAAUAUAGUUUUUCAAACUGUAAC